UCACGCUGCGCACACGUGCUAAUCUCUCCUUCGCAAGUCGAAUGCUCGACGUUGGACUUCCACAAAUUGUCUCCUUUCCUCGUUUCCUCUUUCCUCUUUUAACCCCAUUGCCGAUCUCCGGCCGGCGGAAAUCCGCACCGCCGCAUCUCGCCUGACGUGUUUUACCGUUCUACCCUUUCUUCUUCUUCUCGCGGACUCAGCCAAUUCAAAGCGCGUGGAUUGCUAGAAUCAACAGUGGUUUCGUUCUAUACUCUGCUUCAGUCGAUCGGCGUUUAGGGCUAGAAAUUGCACGAUCGGAGCUUAUCAUUUUCGUUUUAUCAUGUGGUGGUGACGAUCUUGGGGACGGUAGGGUGCUAGGGUUUUUGAAUGGUAAAUAUGAUCAAACAGAUACUUGGCAAGCUUCCUCGUAAGCCCUCCUCAAAAUCCUCCCCCGGCGAAUCGCCAGCCGACGGCAGCAUCGCUGGCUCGGUCAGAUCCGCCUCGGGGAGGAAGGCAAGUUUCGUUGGCAGUGGUGGCGCGGUCACGGCCGCUGCUGCCGCCUCACCGGUCGGAGCCAGCAACGGUGCUGUCGGGGUUGUGGCGAGUUAUGAGCCGCUUCCUAGCUUCCGCGACGUGCCGAGCUCUGAGAAGCCGGGGCUUUUCCUGCGGAAGCUCGGCAUGUGCUGCGUGGUGUUUGACUUUUCGGACCCUGCGAAGAAUGGGAGGGAGAAAGAGAUAAAACGGCAGAUGCUACUGGAGCUUGUGGAUUACACCUCCACGGUCACCAGCAAGUUCAAUGAGGCCGCGAUGCAAGAGGCCACGAGGAUGGUGGCGGCCAACAUCUUCCGAACUUUUUCCUCUUCGACAGGCGGUGAGGGGCAGAGGGCUGUGGAGGGUUUUGAGGCUGAGGAGGAAGAGCCAGCGAUGGAGCCGGCAUGGCCACACCUACAAAUUGUCUAUGAGUUUUUCCUGAGGUUCAUAGCCUCAUCCGAAACCGAUGCUAAGAUUGCUAAGCGAUAUGUUGAUCACUCCUUUAUACUCCGGCUGCUGGACCUCUUUGACUCUGAGGACCCGAGGGAAAGAGAGUACUUGAAGAUGAUACUCCACCGUGUCUAUGGAAAAUUCAUGGUUCAUCGGCCCUUCAUCAGGAAAGCUAUUAAUAACAUAUUUUUCCGAUUCAUUUUUGAAACUGAGAAGCAUAAUGGAAUUGCAGAACUUCUUGAGAUUCUUGGAAGUAUAAUUAAUGGGUUUGCACUACCACUAAAGGAAGAACAUAAAUUGUUCCUUGUCCGGGCGUUGAUUCCACUUCACAAACCUAAAUGUCUGGCGCUGUACCACCAGCAGCUUUCUUACUGCAUCACUCAGUUUGCGGAGAAGGACAACAAGCUUGCCGACACAGUCAUUAGAGGGCUCUUGAAGUACUGGCCUCUCACCAAUAGCUCAAAAGAGGUUAUGUUCCUUGGGGAGCUGGAAGAAGUUCUGGAGGCCACACAAGAGCCGGAGUUUCAGAGAUGCAUGGUGCCCCUCUUUAGACAAAUAGCUAGGUGCCUCAACAGCUCACAUUUUCAGGUAGCCGAGCGAUCGCUAUUUCUUUGGAACAACGAUCAUGUUCGAAACUUAAUCACUCAAAACCGAAAGGUCAUACUGCCCAUCAUCUUCCCCGCCCUGGAGCGAAAUUUAAGAGGCCAUUGGAACCAAGCUGUGCAAGGUCUAACUCUAAACGUCAGAAAACUCUUCUUGGAUGCUGACCAGGAACUCUUCGAGGAAUGCUCGCUCAGGUUCCAAGAAACAGAAGCCAAGGAUAAGGAGUUGCAGGCGAAGCGCGAAUCGACGUGGAAGCGAUUAGAAGAUGUAGCUGCAUCCAAAGCCAUCAGCAAUGAGGCCGUCCUUGUUUCCCAAAAGGUAUCCUUUCUCAGCAUGUCUACCACUAGCCCUCGCCCUUCACAUGGUUCCUAAUCACAUUCCUUCCAUCAAGUUUGAUGAUCAAAUCCCUAUGAUUUUCUGUGUAUGGAGGAGGAUUUAUCAAGAUAUAUUGGGGGACUGCUCUGAGUCUUUUCUGGUUCUUGUUGUUGUUGUUGCUGUCUUCAUCAUUAGGGUUUGUAAAAUGCUAUCAGGCCAUGAAAAAUGUAAUUGUGUGUGUAUAAUCUGGAAUUGGUAUAGAGUUGGAUCUUCCAUGGAUUUCAUAUCAAAAGCCACGAGUAUUAGCAGCAUUUUUUGUUUUUUUUUUUAAAUUCUAAUUCUGAACUUAGUUUGUCCCAUUGUUUAAUGGAGUUAGAACCGAAGGAAAGUGUUGUCCUAAAUUAUACUUCGAACAAAUUUGUGAUUAUGAUGCAAUUUUUGCUUAAAUUUUCUUGUCUUUUUGAAGAUUGCUACUGAUGUGUAUGGAGAUUGUACAAAAUAAAAUUUAGUUGCUGGACAUCAUAAUCUG